AUGGGCUUCUUUGGGAAAGGCAGCUUGAGUAGGAGUGAGCCAAGUUGGUUAGAUCGAGAGAAAAAUAGAAGGGGAUUGACGGGUGAUGCGACAAGUGAGGAGGUGACAGGGAAAAGAAGAGUAGAGCGGCGGGAACGCAAACUUGAGAGAGCUAGAAAGGAAAAAGAGGCUAUUGCAGAGCAGCUGAAAGCAGAAGCGCAAUUACGGAAUUGUCGUGGUGAUGUUCGACCUAUUGAAUUUGAUCAGGCUUUGUCCACCUUAGAAAGCCCCGUCAAUGAUGCUGCUGUUGCUCACCCGAAUGAACAGCCUCAGGAGAAUCGAGACCAAGAGUCUAUAGUUCGAGCAACAAACUCAUCCAUCCCCAGGCAAUAUAUGGCCAAUGGGAAUUCUGGGAAUGAACGUUCAAAUGCUGGUAAGACCGUACAUUUCUCGCCAGUAGUCGACCAAAUGAAAUAUGAUAGUGCACAACCUACGUUACCACAACUACCUGAGCAUCCAAUCCCUCAUACAGACAAACAAGAGCACACCCAAAUACUCAAUCAAGAGCAUCUCCAACUGUCGAACGAAGAAGCCUUCUUCCUCGUCUACUGUCUAGGUGUACUACAAGUAUAUGAUAAUGACCGCAUAUCGAUCCUUCCCGCAACCUCACUCUUAUCUCUCUUCCGCCGACAUUCCUAUUUUCCCCCACGAGAGCCAUCUGUUCCCGCAAAACCAGAUGAUCCGUUUCUGCUAUCUUAUGUCGUAUACCAUCAUUUUCGUUCGCUUGGGUGGGCAGUCCGCUCCGGUGUAAAAUUCGGCGUUGAUUACCUUCUCUACAACCGCGGGCCGGUAUUCUCACAUGCCGAGUUUGCAGUUUGUCUGCUUCCUGCUUACUCCGAUCCUUACUGGACAGCGACUGCAGAAAAGAGACAGAAGACUGCGAAGAAAGAGGACCGAACCUGGUGGUGGCUUCACUGUGUGAACAGAGUCCAAGCCCAGGUCAAGAAGAGUUUGGUCCUAUGUUAUGUAGAAGUCCCGCCUCCCCCUCCCAAGCUACAACCUACCGGUGCCAAUGGGGAAAAUGAUGAAUUGGAUAUUGGUGCUCUGUUGAAAACGUACAAGGUCCGUGAAAUGACAAUUAAAAGAUGGGUGCCGAAUCGAAGUCGGGAUUGA